CCUUUAAUGUUUAUUGUUAUUUUUUAUUUAUUUUUAUGUAAUAUGUAUUAAAAACUAAAAAAACAAUAGUUCCACAAUUUAUAAUGGAAGUACAAGACUCUAACAAUGAAGAAAGCCCAAAAACCACACAAAAUCCAUCACAAGCCGACCAUUCUUCGUGGUCAACCGGUUUCAGUAGCAGUAGCACUACCCCCCAAAAAUGGUCGCCCCAAUCUUUACAGGACAAAAACCGUAAGAGCGCCUUUCAGCCCUACAAACUGUGCUCCACGUCGACCACAGUCCUAACCAACCUACAAAGGGGCAACACCCAAGCAGAAACGCUAAUCCCCAAAACAGCCGAGCUUACUUUUCACAUGAAAGCUGGACAGGGCGAGCUUACCACUCAAGAUAUUUUGAAGGAGGACGACGUGGAUGUGUUGGAUGAUAAAGGUCUUACAGCUUUGCAUUGGAGCUCGGCUUAUGGCCAAUAUAGCACAGUCGAGUUAUUAUUGAAUCAUAAAGCUGAUGUUAAUAAAUUGGGGCCGGACGAGGACACCCCUUUGAUUUUUGCCGCUAGCGGUGGACAUCAUGAAGUUGUUAAGAUACUUAUUAGUUCUGGAGCUGAUGUGAAUCAUGUAGAUCAUCUAUGUAAUAGCCCUUUAAUGUAUGCAGCUAAAGGAAAUCAUCCUCAUACUUGUCAAGAAUUGCUUAGUCAAGGGGCUAAUUUUGGCUUAGUAAAUCUAAAUGACGAUACAGCUUUGAGUAUAGCCACUGAGAGUAAUUGUACUGCAGCUCAAGUUAUUAUUGAAAAUUAUAUAAUUUCUUUUAUGGAGAACAGUACCAAAAUUGAGGAGGAUCAAAGAAUGUGAUAAGUGAGGUGAUAAAUAAUCAUCAAUGCUAUAUAGUGAUUUUUUAUAUUAAUAUUUAUUAAUAUACAAGAGCUUUCCUUGUCAAAUUAUUGUAUAUUUGGUACAAUUAUAUUAUUUUUUUAGUUACCUACAUAUAAAUAGUUAAUUAUUAUCUAAUACAUUUACAUACAAUUAAGUAAAAUUUGCCUAGUUCAGAUCCUUUAACAUGGAAAUUACAUUAUAGGUAUAUUUCCUCUAUGUGAUUUUCUUUGGUUUCAAUUUAAACAACUAUCAGCCCAUCAACUAUGACUCAGGACCACAUAUCUUUUUUAUUGUUGACCUAAAAGAACCAACUCAAUUAAAACAUUUUAUUUAUUUAGUUUUCAAUGCUUACACAUUUGCCUGAAUACUUGGUAUCGAUAAUAUAGCCUUUGGCGCAAGAGUCCUUGAUCAUGUGACACCAAGUUGGGUAAGUGCUGUUGUUGGUACCACAUACAGGACGAUGCAACAAGUGCUUUUGGCGACAUAUCGUUGAACAUCCUAUGCAACGUGGUUUGCCUCCUGUUGACCUGUCCAGAAGACAUUGUUGUCUGUCUUGGCAACGGAUAUCAUGGCAUGAAAU